AUGACCGGGAAUCCUUAUAUCCAACACUUCUACAGCUGGCCUCCGGAGGAUAAAGGUUUCUUGCAUUACCAAAGCCUGGAUGCUCUACAGAGAUCCGCAUCAGAAUUGCAUUGCCCUCUCUGCAAUCUUAUUCUAGAUCAGGUGCUUUUGUGCCAAGCAGAACUUGAAAAGCUCAAGCCGGGUUGGGAACUGAAUAGAGCACAUGAGUAUGCGUGGCCGCUCUGGGAGUUCUGGCUCAUUAAACCUGCCUCUGGGAGAGAUGGCUUUUGGGUUAUGACAUUCACGGAUGAACUGGGAUUCAAAGAUGAAGUAAGAAGACGUGAGGCAAGACUGGUUGCAGCCGUUGGUCUCUGCGUCGAAAAUGGUGACCCACUGGAGGGCGUUAUCCCCGGUCGCCCAGUUGAAAUACAAAGAGGAACGCCUACAGCACUUGGUAGAGUGUGCAAUUGGCUUAAGGACUGUGAUAAACACCCUCACUGCAGUCCAACACAGGAUUUCUUGCCAACUCGCGUUAUCGAUGUUGGAAAGGAAUUCAACAGUCCUUACGUUAGGCUACGCGAAACCCAGAAAUACGAUGCGGGACGAUAUGUGGCCUUGAGCUAUUGUUGGGGAGAAAUGCCACAAUUUACUACUACUAGGUCUACGCUUCAGGACCGAAAGGAUGGUAUCCUGGUAUCUAGUCUACCAAAAACGCAUCAAGAUGCCAUUCAGAUUACCCAAAGGCUUGGGGUGAGAUAUCUGUGGAUAGAUAGCAUUUGUAUAUGCCAAGGCGAUAAGGAAGACUGGGAACGAGAAUCAGCAAAGAUGCUUUCAGUCUAUGCUAACUCAUAUCUAACUAUCGCAGCAUCUAAUGGCAAAGAUAGUCAUGAAGGAUUGUUUAACGAGAUAUCAGCGAGAAAAUACGUUCAGAUUGAUCUCGUGUUAGGAAAUCUUCAAGGUCAAGCUUUGGCCUUCAGCCUUCCUCUCCAAGAAGAGAGUUUCAGCACCGGGUGCUUGAUGAAAGACAAUCGUCCAACCUUUCCCCUAUUUGUGGACUAUAUAACUUUGCCUAAAGAACCUCUCUCCAGACGCGCUUGGACUUUACAGGAGCGUGUUUUAUCUCAUAGAACUCUCCACUACAGCAGUCAGCAAAUGCUAUUCGAAUGCAACGAAGCAUUUCGCGGAGAGGACGGCUUGUUCUUUCAAGCUAGAUUCGACACUAUACAUCAAAAGGGGAGCGAAAGAGAUGCUGCAGCGAUUGAUCAUGAAAGCGAGCAUUCCAUUUACAAAGACGCGUUAUUGAAGUCGUGGUAUAGACUGGUUCAGCUGUAUGGACAACGACAUCUCUCAGUACCAGCGGACAAACUUCCUGCUAUAUCAGGCCUUGCCAGCAUCUUUGCAGAGCGGUUGGGUGACCAGUACCUAGCUGGGCUUUGGCGAUCUGACCUCGUGGUGGGGCUGUGCUGGCAAGGUUUGAAACACGGGCGCAGACGCGUGAGAGAGUACAGGGCUCCUUCUUGGUCGUGGGCAUCAGUAGAUGGGCAUAUUUCAUUGGGCUUUCCACUUGCUUAUAACAUAUUGGCGACGAUCAUGGAUGCUGAAGUUAGGCUCAAAGGCGCAAAUCCCUAUGGCGAGGUCCUGGAAGGAAAGAUUGAGAUCUUUGCGCCGAUGGAACGUCUGUGUCCGGUUCGAGGAGAAUCAAAGCAGCCGGCUGAGUUUGAAUUGCGGACGGAAAACGCUCGGACUGUACGUACAAUGUGCUGCUUCGACUCCAUUGAGUUCUCUGAAGUUCUUUUCAAGGAGGCAGGUGGAAUACCUGAGAAUGUUCAAGGGAGAGAGUUUUUUGCUUUACUUCUUAUAGAGCUAGCAGGCAUAAGAGAUGAAAAUCUCCCAUUCUUGGGUUUGGUUGUUGAAAGGAUUCAGGGAAAGGAAGAGUAUCAGAGGGUCGGGAACUUUAGGACUUCUCGAAAAGCAUUAAGAAAAGAGACUAAAGGGAGAGAAAAGGGUCAAGGUCAGUUAAUAACCCUUAUAUAA